AGAAAUAGCAACCCCGUCCAUAAUAUCUACAUUGUCUAAAAAAAAGAAGCGGAACACUUCUCUCCUUAUACAACCAAAGUAAGAAGACCACACACGAGGAGAAGCUACUUUCUUGCUCAACAUCUUUCCUACUUAUUAUUCAUUGUACUAUUAAUAUACUUAAAUAAAAUAAGGGACAACAACAACAACAUAAAAAGUACUGUGCUUAAAAAGACCAACAGAAGAACAAGAUGUUCUCCCGUUCUUGUUCCCGCUUGGGUCCUGGACGAAAGAAGCGUAGUGCCUUCCACGAAUGGAAGAGACGCGCCAUUGCUAGCCGAGUUCUGCAGAGCUUCCACACGACCGACGACAUCGAUCCCUUUAGCAAGUAUCAGUGGUUACGGUCGUUCAUUGGUUAUUGAUAGAAUUUUCUAGAACUUCUAUCAGCGUAAGCUUUGACCACUUGCUUCUCUGUAAAUGUUAGCCGAAGAGGACUACUCAGGUUCAGCCUUAAGACUAUCAGCGUAAGCUUUGACUACUCAGGUUCAGCCUUAGACGAAGGGAAAGUAGGUUCGUUCUGCAUCCAGAGAAUGCAGAGUGUAGUGACUCCUCCUCUAACCUAAAUCGCCCAUCCCUUCCAGAGCUGGAACAUGCCUCAGGUGGCACCAGAUGCGAGACCUCACAAGAGUCUAAAAGCCAUAUCACACUACGACGAAUCCAAAGGCUGGUUUCACAUCAUAGAUUGCAAAGGAUGGGGCGUAGGGAGAUUGGGUAAGUACUUAUUGCUAUUUUUUAGUUUCGAUGUCGAGUUGUACCAGAACAACUAGUGCUAGGCUCUAGUACGGGUGCUACGGACAUUUCAAUCAAAAACGGACACAAAUCUUCACGGUCGUCUGCCAUCAUCAUCUUGCUGCUCCUCCUCUUCCGCCUCCUCGUCUGCUCAUAGUUCUACAGUCAUUCUAGAGAACGCCUCUUCAACUCACCCGCGACCAUCUGCUACAACCAGCCUCAAAUCAAACAAGGUACCCGCGUCGCGUCUCUCUUAUCUGGCAAGCAUCGGCCAGAUGUGAAGCACAGGGCUGUGCAUGGAGACAGCGUUAUUCUAGUCAACGCAAUCCAUGUGACCUUUCCUGGCCAUACCUGGGACACAAAGAUGUACCGAUUCAAAAAAACGAAUCGCUGGACCGAUCCCCGAGGACCGAAGUUCAUCACUGCGAAAAGAUUGUUUUAUCUUAUGACCGCUUGCAAAACUGUUGUACUUCGUUCAUUCUCGUUUCUGUGCUGACUUGUCUAAUGAUACUGCAAUGCGGAGUAAAAAAAGCUGAAUAAGUUAAGUAAGGCUGUAAUUGCAAAUACCUCCUGUCAGGCACAUUCAUUCAUUCAUUCACUCAUUUAUUUCGUGGUGAAGAAAACAUCCUGGGCAACAUCCCUUACUUAGUUAUCACUCACGUCCUCACGUCGACGACCUGAUCCAAACCCCUUCUAACUCCCUGAAUCCAUCGAUGAUCAUGAAUCUAUGCGUCAAACGCAUGUUGGCCAACCACUACAUGAAGAACACCAAGUACCGCAAACUCCUGGUCUACCCUGGUGCAAUACAUCCACACUGUUAAGAUGAAGAAGUGACUGUGAUUCUUCUUGAUACACAUGUUGAUUAUGUGUAAAGGACUCUCUUUUAUUAUCUGUUGGUACUGUGGUGAAGAUGUAGUGUAAGUAAGUGAUUUAAUAUCAGUUAGAAGAGGUAGAGGUACUGACCGACCUUGUUCCAUGUGAGCAAUGCAAUCGAUGACCGUUCUAAUCUUCGGGCAUCCCGCAAGUAAUAGUACCAGUGCGACGUGGAGAAGUAUCCAGAGCAGCUGCUAGUGGCCCACGAGACACUUUUGAUAUCACUGCAGAAGACGGCAGGACACAACUAGCUGUCGAAGGGUUGUUAGGAGGUACUAGUUCAUCCACCACUGCUAGUGAGAGCAUGAAGAACACAGGACUCACAGGCUUCUCAGAAGAUCAAGAUUAUUCUUCAACGAGGGAAGCCGACUCCUCGAGGACACAUCAAUCGUCUUCAAGAGAGCAAGACCUCUCCUACAGAAGUUAUCCAGACAGAGCAGUCAACCCCUUUGCCUAUAUGAAUGGUGCUUGUGGAACAAGUGGGGCUUCUGAGCAUUUUGCUUCACAUUACGGCUACUACAAGAAAUUGAAAUCCAUCUUCCCCAGCAUCUUGCUUGCUCCCGUGACCAAGAUUGAUAAGCCCGAAGAUGGAUUUCUCUCAGCUCUAAUCACAGCAACAAGUACAACAAGACCAGCAAGACCACCAGGAUCAAUCCCUAGACCCAAAAGUAGCAGCACGUUUGAGAAAACAGGCAGAAGCAGAGGAAUGGCCCCUGACGGAUCCAGCGAAACUCGAAUUCAGGAAAACGAGAGCGCAAGGAUUCAGCCAGUAUAAAAGAGGGGGCCUAUUGAAUCCUCCUAAACCGAUUGGAUAGCGAUUGCGAUAUUGGUGUAGCUAGAUUUGAUGUGUAGCUAUCGAUGUGUACCAGAACUUGAGAGUUUUGAUGUUAUCGAGAAUAUAGAGGGCAUCGCUAGCUAUUGAUGCACCAGAGUUUGAGAUUUUUGAAGAUGUUAUAUCCAUAUCGUUCAUGCAUCGUUCUUGAUGCAGGUGAACCUCAAUGCUAUUGCACCUUGCAAUCAGAUUGCAACCUUGUGCCAGCUGCUGCUCAGUUAUAAGGAC